UACAUUUUGUACCUUAUGACCAACAGCAAGCAAUGGCUGCCACCCAUGAGAAGCAAAAGAAAGGAUUCAUGUCCAUUUACAAGUCGACCGCUGGAAAUCAUAUAAGGCAGCCGGUGCCUGAGCUGCCGGCUGUACAUGCGGUGGACAAAAGAUCCGUUCAACGAAGUUGGUUGUUGAGGAAAUCGAAAACGUGCAAGGAAAUUGAGCGAGGUGGCCGGAGAGUGGCGGAGGAUGGAGGAGUUAAGGGAGAAUUGGUUGAGGCAAGGAAAUCGGUUUCCCAUGUGGAAACGAAUUUGGCAUCGGUGGCGACAUUUCUUCAAGUGAAGGUGCUUGUCUCCGACAUGCCUGGAUUCAUGCAAGUGCAUGCCUUCCGAUGCGCAAGGCGUACUUAUGACAGCUUGGACAAGUUUAGCUCCAAACACAUGGCCUUCAACGUAAAGAAGGAGUUUGAUCGAGUCUAUGGGCCGGCCUGGCAUUGCAUCGUGGGCUCAAGUUUCGGGUCCUUCGUUACCCACUCAACAGGUUGUUUCCUUUACUUUUCAAUGGAAAAGCUAUGCAUUUUGUUAUUUAAAACGAAGAUCCAAAAGGCUUUGGAUUGAGUAAUAUUAUAUAUAUAUAUAUAUAUCCAACACUAAUUCAUGCGAGUACUAUGAUGCCUUUUACAAGCUCUCGCUUUGUAUUUGAUACUUCAAU